UUCACAUAUACAUUGACAAUCCAUUGUAAUUUAGUCAUCUAAAAGCUUGAUCAUCACUACCACCCGGAUCCCAUAAAUCCCGGAGUCACUAUCUGAUUGAUUGAUUGAUUGAUUGAUUGAUCACAAUGGAACCCAAAUCCCCUUCAAAAUCAAAGCUUCCAAUUUUGGGGCUUUUUCAUCACUUCAAACUAGCCAUCACAAUUGUAUCACUUACACUUUUAAUAUUAACUGGUUAUUUCUUUAUUCGUAACCCGGGUUUGGGUUUUGCUACAAAUACUUCAUAUUUCACUGUUGUGUUAGACUGCGGAAGUAGUGGGACAAGAGUAAAUGUAUAUCAGUUCAGUAAUCAAGAUUUGAAAUUUCCAGUUUUGUUACGUUCUUUUCCUGAUAAUUUAACAAAGAUCGAUGAUCGGAAAGAUGGUUGUGCAUACCAUUGUAUGCAAACUGAGCCCGGGUUAGAUAAGUUUGUGGGGAAUGCGUCUGGGGUUAAGGCGGCUUUAGAGCCAUUGAUUCGUAGGGCGGAAAAUUGGGUGCCUUAUGACAGACAUAAAGAUACUCCGAUAUUUGUGUUGGCUACGGCCGGAUUAAGAAGGUUGAGUAAGGAUGUUGUUAAGAUGGUUUUGGAUGAUGUGGAGGAUGUUGUUAAGUUACAUGAGUUUAAGUAUAGGAGAGAUUGGAUUCGGGUUUUGAGUGGUGAAGAAGAGGCUUAUUAUGGUUGGAUUGCUCUGAAUCGUUACAUGGGUGUAUUUGGGAACACUUCAAGAUUGCCCACUUUAGGCCUUCUUGAUCUUGGAGGUUCUUCGUUGCAGGUAGCUACAGAGAUCAAAGAGGCGAAAGUGGAUGAUCAUGGUGUUUUUGAUUCAAAGAUUGGUUCUUUUGAGCACAAGAUUAUGGCAGCUUCAUUGCCGGCUUUUGGAUUGAAUGAAGCUUUUGACAGAACUGUUGUUAUGCUUAGUGAAUCGAAAGCGUUUAUUAAUAGGGAUUUAGAACCUUUUGAAAUCAGCCAUCCAUGUCUAGGUUAUGGAUUUAUGCAUAACUACACUUGCCAUGGCUGCUUUAAAGGAAAUUCAACUAGGAAAACGAGAGGAAUUAAUACUUUUUCCUUGAAUUUAGUUGGGGAUCCAAAUUGGGAGAAAUGUAAAGUGCUAGCAAGAGUUGCAGCCAUUAAUUCAAGCAGUUUGCCAAAUUGGUCAAAGCUAUCAGAUGAUUCAUACUGCGAAGGACUUUCUUCAAAGAGUGGUGAAAACAUACUCAAUAAGUUUGAAGGUAAUAAUUCAGUUGCACGCUUCCAUGCAUUAUCUGGAUUCUUUGCUGUUUACAAUUUGUUAAACUUGACUUCAUCAGCAAAACUAUCAAACAUGUGGGAGAAAGGCCAGGAAAUUUGUUCAAGAUCAUUGGCUGGUUUAUCCAGCUUGCCAAUAAAGCAUAAGUAUGCUGAUUUUUUCUGUUUUCGAGUUCCUUAUGUAGUUUCACUCAUUGAAAACACCCUUUGUGUUGGCGAUAAAGAUAUUAUAUUUGGUCCAGGCGAAGUUUCUUGGACAUUAGGAGCUGCAUUAGUUAAAGGAAAAUACUCAUGGCAAAGUGACACUUCUAGAGCUCAGAGUUUCAUUUCAUAUAUUAGAUUUAAGAGGGUGAUAUUCUCACCUUACUUUCUUUUUGUUCUUCUUGCAUUUCUUCUAUUUAUUGUAUAUCGUAGCCAGGUUAAGUUGCCUAUGUUAGGAAGGAAGGUGGCGUCUUUGCCAUCUUACAUUGGUCCCAAACGUAGGCCUGCCUAGGGAUCGUGACAGUUGAUUCAUACAUGUAACUAUUACUUGUACAUCAACAAUUGAUUCAUUAUUUUUCUUUACAAAUUGUGAAUAACGAUGACAAAACUCCAUGCUC